GGAAAGUAGGGGAGCGUGGGGAGGAGGAUCCGCACCACCGAGAGGGAGGAGGGAGGGCGCGCAGUCCCAGCCCAGAGCUUCAAAACAGCCCGGUGGCCUCGCCUUGCGCCCCAGCCCAUCGGUCGGUCCAGCCGCCAACGCCGGCACAUCUCUCUGUCUCUGGAGUUUCAUCGUGACCCCUCGCCCCACCGUGCCCUGUGAAAAUGUUGGUGCUUCUGGCCUUCAUCAUUGUCUUCCACAUCACCUCUGCGGCCUUGCUUUUUGUCGCCACCAUCGACAAUGCCUGGUGGGUAGGGGACGAGUUUUUUGCAGAUGUCUGGAGAAUCUGCGUCAACAACACAAAUUGUACAGAAAUCGGUGACGGCUUUACCGACUACGCCACGAUGCAGGCGGUCCAGGCCACAAUGAUCCUGUCCACCAUUCUGUGCUGCAUCGCCUUUCUGAUCUUCCUGCUCCAGCUCUUCCGUCUCAAGCAGGGAGAGAGAUUUGUUUUAACCUCCAUCAUCCAGCUCCUGUCAUGCCUGUCCGUCUUGAUAGCAGCUUCCAUUUACACAGACCGACGCCAGGAACUUCACAGCCAAAACGCGGCACUCUAUGGGCAGACCGCGGAGGGCACGUACGGCUACUCCUUCAUCCUGGCGUGGGUGGCCUUCGCCUUCACCUUCAUCAGCGGCCUUAUGUACCUGAUACUGAGGAAGCGCAAAUAGACAUCAGGAGCUCGGUCACUUCCGCCGCAGUACAGAAUCCACAUUCAGAUAACCGUUUUUGUAUAUAGUCAUUUUUUUUUGUGGUUUUUCUAGCAAACGUAUUGUUUCCUUUAAAAGCCAAAGGAAAAAAAAAGAGAAGAGUUUUUGCAUUCUUGAGAUCAGAGAAUAGACUGAAGGCUGGGAAUCAGAACUGCCCGCCCGUCCGGAAAUCUCCACAAGACAAAGCCAAAAAUCCAGCAAUGCUCAAAUCCAAAAGUGCUCAGCAGGGUGUUUCUUAACCACCGGGAUGGGAUGUGACGACAAGAGACCGAAAAAGCCGGGUCUGGGGGGACAUCUUCCCCUAGGUUUGGGCCACGCCAAGCCCCCCUCCUCUCAGCUUCCCUUCCCAAAUCUCUCGGUGUUAGUGGUGGAAGGUGGGGUGAGAAAUGAAAGCUCCUCAGGUGUUAGCCAGGUUCCAUGUGAGAAGCAGGUAUGGCCCCUAAUGUUCUGUGUAAUCCAGACAGAGACCCCACCCGCCUAUAAUGGACAGGGGACAGAAAGUGCCACCCAGAUUGGCAGACAACGUCACCUGCCUGCCUUAGGAAAGGUGAUCUAUAACCUGGGGGUCAGAUGUGAGCUCCCGCUGAUGCAGAGUGUCUCUACCUGUGGUCCCUAGCGCUGCUUGUAAGAUGCAGACUCUUGGUUCCCACCUAGACCUACAGAAUCUGAGUCUUCAGGGAUGGGGCCCGGCAGUCUGCAUUUCUAACAAGCUCCUUGGUAAGGCUUACGAUGUGCCUUAAAGUUGGGGACCACAGCCUCAGGGUCCGGGGAACAGAACUCCCUCACAGUUGUGAAAGGUCUCAUCAUGUCAAGGUGGGGAGGUGGGUCUAAAACCCACUGCAGGCCGAAGCCCUGGCCUCCCUCAGCUCUGGAUUCUUCACUGUCUCCCACAGCUGCUUACAUCUGGACCACCCAGACUCCAGUUCCAGCCACGCACCCCCGAUAGCAGACACCCUGGUGGGUCGCGGCUUUCUUCCUACUCUUAAGUCAGAACGCCUCUGCCUUCUUUUCCUGCUUUGCCCUCUAAAAUGGCUGGCCUCUACUAACCCCCUGUCUAGAGCCUUCAGAGACCCAGCCACCAUUCAUGCGUCCGUCCAUCCAUUCAUUCAUUCAUUCAGCAGCAUAAGUUAUGGAAUUCUGUGUGUGCCAGACACAGCGAUACCAUGUUCAGACAAUCUCUGUGCUGAUGGGGCUCAGUGUUUAAUGGAGGAGAUGGAUCAUAAACCAGUUUGGAAAACUAAUUACAAACUGAUGAAGGCAGCAAAGAACGCGACUUAGGAUUGAAAAGGGAGGCCCCUGGGCUGGGAGCGCCUGCCUCUCCUCAGAUGUCCUGGAGGCACUGAGGUCAGUGUAAACACGCUCGCUCAGCCCGUGCAGGUGGCACGUCCUGGGCUUUGUCGUCUGUUCCUCCCGGAGAACAUUUACUUCUGUGGGGCGUCCCCAGGGUCUUGACAGCCAGUGAAACAGUGAAAGGAACCCGGAUUACCACGAUUCUGACGUCAGUGGGCACCAGUGUCACCUGGGAGAGUGGGCCGUGCCAGGGUGUGGGUGAGCAGGUCGUUCCGAGACUACACUGAGAAAUAGGGCUUUGGGGAGCUUGUCUUUAGGGGUACACCAUAGGGGUGUGGCGGUGCAGGCGACCUGGGGAAACGCCCUGUGGAGGAGCUCUUGGUGCCUCACUGCUUUUUCCUCCUGUUUCGAGCAUGCUACUGGAUGGUGUGCCGGGCCCGGGUGGGACCUGCCCGCCACGUCUCAGCGCAGGUGAGACUUAAAUGCUUCUGCACUCGACCUGCUAAAUGGCGUGAUGAUUUGCCAUCGGCCCAAUCCUUGUGGAGCUGGAAAGGCAUCUGUUUUGAGUAGUUUUAGGGCCACCACGGACUCCUCUUUAGUGCAGGUCUAGGUGAUCUGUCCAUCUACUCAUUCAUUCACUGAUUCAUCAUGUGUUCAUUUUCAACAGACUACUCCAUGCUUACUAUGUUCCAGGCACUGUGUGAGGCUCUGAAAAUGUGAGCAAACCCAGACAUCCUCUCUGAGACAGGAUACCCUCCCCACGGAGAGGCCACCAGCACAGGGCAGGGUGACAUCAGGCCAGUGACGGGACACAUUGCCACCUCGUGCCUUGAUGGAAAGCUGCCACUAGGCGUGUGGUAGGAGUCCGGGUCACAAGCCUGGGGUUUGCAGCAUGCUACACGAGCCUCUGGAGGGUGGUGGGUCUAAAGUGCCCUCAGCUUUCUGCCCAGGUGGGUCUCUAUAGUUUCCUGGUGGCCACGGUGGAAACAAAAAACCCUUUUGUUUCAGAACCAGAAAUCUGGUAAUCCUAAUCCCCAAGCAAUGCAUAAAUUUCCUUCCCCGAAAACUUCAGGGGUCUGUGAGAAUCUGAAAGGACCCCGUGGAUUUUCCUGGCUCGUUGCCACUACUGUAUCACAUUCAGUGCCCACAUCCCUCUGCGAUGCCAAGGUUCUGUGAAACGAGAGCUGCCUUUCCCUGCGGUGGGACGUGCACUGGGGAGGAUGGAGAGGUGAUGGCGUGAGGGGGAAAAUCCCCAAACUUCUUACCUGUAGGCAGAAAUCAGCCCUUACUCGGUGCUUAUCAUCAGUUAUUCAAGAACAAAAUCAGAAAAGUAGCCGAGACAUCCAAGAAGCAAAUAUUAGGACCAAAUAUAUUACUGGUAACAACUGUGUUUGAAGGAACUGUAGUUUGCGCAUUUUAGGACAUUUUUAUAAAGUACUGUAAUUCUUUCAUUGAGGGGCUCUGGAUGGAGACAGACUAACUCGUUUUGUUAUUUGCAUUAAAAUUACUUUGAGUCUCUGUUCAAACGAGUUUGGAAGAUUGAUUUGUUGCUCUGCGUGAAUGUAUGUAUUUAUACCUGCAUACAGGAAAAUUGGAGACCUCCCCCGACUCUGCCAUUCUCUGCUGAAGGUUGUAUGCCUGCAUCCGUAAUCAACAGGCUGAAGUCCUACUAUGCUCUGUAUUAACUGAUGACGAGGAUACCUGGACCUCCAAGCCCGUCUGUAAACACACUAAACACAGUAGCUUAGAUGGAAGCUGUAGCAUCAUUUUAAAUCUGCCUGGAUGGGGAAUUACUAAACUUGCUAAUAGCUGAAAGAUUACUUACAAUACAGCAUGUCAAACAGUUUCGUAUAUUGGGGGAGCCGUGGUGAUGGAGAAAUGCUAGGGAAAGGCCUAGAGGUUAAGUUUAAAUCUUGGUUUGGGGACAAAUGUGAUUUUAGGGUAGUUAGAUACUUCCUACUUAAUGUGCCUUUGAAAUAGUCCAUUUUCUAUGUUUUGUAUAAUCUGAAACUGUACAUGAAAAAUAAAGUUUAUAA